CUUCACACAUACACACACACUCCAGUCCCACCUCCCUAUACCCAAACUACAGUGAAGCCCAUUCAACCGAUUCUCCGCAUUGCUGGAAGAGCAGAGUGAAGUAAAGAAGGAGAAGGAGGAGGAGUGAAAGAGGGGGAGAAAAGAGAGGAGAAGAGGGGAGAUACGGGGAGACACGAAAAAAAGCGAGAGUGUGUGCGGUGACUGGCGAGAGCAGGAGAGAGGGAGAGAGAGAGAGAGAGAGAGAGAGAGAGAGAGAGAGAGAUAAGGGGGAAACUGCAAAUUUGGUGGCCAGGCUUCCCAGUGCGCACAGAUCUCUCGUCGGCUGCACCGUCCGACCAGCUCUCCGCUCCGCAGGGACAGCUGAAGAUAGACAGGAAAGGGGUCAGAGAGAGAGGGAAUGACAUGCAGAAAAGGGCCACAGGUCGGACUCGAACCCAUGGCCGCUCCAGCAAGGACUCAGCCUUUGUACAUGGGGCGCCAGCUCCACCAGAUGAGUUCAUUCAGUACGAGGGCUCUGACGCUGCUCUCGUCGGUUUUCGGGGCCUGUGGUCUGCUGUUGGUCGGCGUCGCCGUGUCCACAGACUACUGGCUGCUGAUGGAGGAGGGGAUCGUCCUGCAGCAGAACCAGACCACCGAGGUCAAGAUGGCUCUGCACUCCGGCCUCUGGAGGGUCUGCUUUGUGGCAGGGCCAGAGAAGGGCAGAUGUGUGGCGUCAGAGUAUUUCACCGAGCCAGAGAUAGAGAUCACGACAGAAAAUACAGCCAACAUACUCAAAAUGGUCCGUACUGCCACUCCCUUCCCCAUGGUCUCCCUGCUCUUCGUAUUCACAGCCUUCGUCAUCAGCAACAUCGGACACAUCCGACCGCAGCGCACCAUCCUCGCCUUCGUCUCCGGAAUAUUCUUCAUACUGUCAGGUCUCAGUCUGGUGGUUGGUCUGGUCUUGUAUAUCUCCAGUAUUAAUGACGAGGUGAUGAACCGUCCCAGAGAGCCAGAGCAGUUCUUCCACUACCGCUACGGCUGGUCGUUCGCCUUCGCCGCCUCCUCCUUCCUGCUUAAAGAGGGUGCAGGAGUGAUGUCCGUCUACCUCUUCAUGAAGCGUUAUGCUGAGGAGGAGCUGUAUAGGCCUCAUCCCGCCCUCUACCGCCCCCGCAUGUCCGACUGCAGUGACUACAGCGGCCAGUUCCUCCACCCGGACUCCUGGCCUCCACCACAGCGGGGCCGCAGUGCCUCUGAAGUCUCUUCCGACAUCUCCAUCCAGCUCAACCAGACGCCACCGCAGCCGCCGCCCAAGGGGGGCAGCGGCUCCCACCCGACGCCCUCUUCCUCUGGGCCUUCAUCAGCGGCCAGCUACCAGCUCCAGCAGGCCUCCUCCUCCUCCACCUCCUCCUCUUACCCACACCCCCUCCACAUGGCCGCCACCUCCACCCUAUCCAGAGCAUCCCACGCCCAAGCCCACCCUCACCCCCACCCGAGCGGGCCCCCGCCCCAGUCCCUGCCCAUGGCGGGGCCACCCUCAGCCGUGCCUCCUCCCCGCUAUCACACGCACAUGCGAAUGAGCGCCUCGCCAUGCUAGGCUACAUACGCAAGGGAAGGGGAGGGAAAACACAACUGGGGGGAUUAUAUUGGCUCCGUUACAGCUCUUACACACCAUAAGACAACACACACAAACACAAAUCCUGCAUCCUCGAAGUGUGUGGGAGGAGGGAUGCAGCAGAGUGGAUGACGAGGGGAGGUUUAAGGAGAUCAAAAAGAGGAGAAAAGAAAAGAGGGGAGGAGGGGAGGAGAGGCAGGUGGGCGGAGGGAUGACUCACUGCUGAUGCCGAGCCCAAGACGAAGACAGACACUUAACAAAACUUUCAACACGCUGGGAGGGAACAUGGGAGGGGAGGAGUGAGGGAUACGAUGAUUAGUAGCAACAAGACGUUUGUGGGGUUUCUGACGGGUACAUUCAUCAUCAGGGCCGUGAUACACAGGCAACAGUGUGAAGCAGCACAGGAAACAGGAAACUGAAUCAUUUCCAAAAUGCUGUCCAUUCACAAAAACAACAAAGAGGGUAAACAAUAUAUCUGGCUUUAAUGUUAUUAUCCGUUCAUCAAACAAGGACUGCUUUUCUUGGGAAAGACUUUUAAAAAAUCUAUCAUUUCAUCUUUUUAUAAUUCCAUGGACAAGGUUGGGAAGGUUAUUUCAUAACAUCUUGAUUCCUUUUGAUUACUUUCUAAAUAAAUGUUGAAAACAAACUAAGGAGAGCAACCCCUUUAAAAACUGAAUUAUAGAAGUGUUGCUGUUACUGUGGCAUUUGGGUUUUAGGGAGAGGUGGUGGAUAAAAAAACACAACAAAAACUAUCACUACUGUACAGUACAGGUCCAAUGUCGCACACAGCAUAGGGGCCAUCAAGGGAAGAUUUGCUGUCCACCAGCUUUGUACCAUUACAAUGGGUAAUAUAUACAAAUGAACAAUGUUUAACUAACUCCAUUUUGCCUGCACCCAGAGCUCCCCACUCAUUUACCGCUUCAUUUGCCUCUCUCGACCUGAUGGUCUGUGGGUCUAGGGCUGUUGUUCGAGCUACAGGUUGUAAUAACAGCAUUUUUUGAUGCCCGCCUCAACAGAGGGUCGGAUUGAGAGCAAGCACCCAGGAAGAGCAGGAAGAGGAGUUUUAUGGUCGAACCGUCUGUUUCAUUUCGCUAUCAGAAUUUGAUCCAUCCAGUCCGAUAAGUGUAGAAGAUUUGCAACAUUAAAUGAUUUAUGCCCACUCAAAUUAACAGAGGGAUAAACCCGAAGUUCGGUCACAGUGGCGAAUAGAGCGUGUGCCGCUCUUAUCCAGGUGCUUUCUUUGCAAUGGGAAGUGGCUUUUUUGGCUCGAGCAGCCACUGAGCAGCUUUCAUAGGAAUGAAUGGAGCACUGCCUCCAAACAUUAUUCAUUUGUAUAUACCACCCAUAAUCUAAAGAUACAAGGCUGGCUGAAAAUUGGCAAAAGUUUCCCUUUAAGAUAGCGACAGCUGAUUUAAAAAAAAUGUCUGUUCAGAAUGAUGUGUGAUCGGUAUGGAAGUUUGUAGAAAUUAUCUGUGAAGCAACAGAACAUCAAACAUUUUCAGAAUGACAGCAGUGAAUUGUACUGCUCCAGUAAUAACAGCCGCAUGACGAGUCAGCACAGAUUUUAGUGAAUAGAAUAUGUUCAAAUGUAUUUGAUUUAUGUAUUUAUUCUACAUGUGCACAGCAUUUGAGUCAAAACUGAUAUUGUAUUGCAACUGUGUAAAGAAAACCAAGUUUAGACCAUGUUUCCCAGCCCUACUCAAGACUGUCGUAAUGAUCAUUUUAACCAUUUUUUUCAAAAUGUCCUCCACAAUCACAUUUAUUUUGUAAAAAAAAAAAAAAACUACCAUGUUUUACUAUAUUACUUCCCAACCCUGUUCAUGAAAAACUGUAUUUGAAAAAAAAAAAAACAAUAUGAUAAGGAAUGUUCAUAUUAUUAUAAUUAAUAAGUAUUGCUUACAACUUUUGCCCAUGUACCAUGACCUACAAUCACACCUGUUAUACACACAAUCGGAGGUAAACUGUAUAUGCAUAGAGAUUUAUACUUCAGCUGUAUAGAAAUUCUUCUCCCCCCUCUCCUACGUUCUUGCUGAAGCAAAUGUUACAAAAACGUAAUCCUGUACGACUAUCAUGGGGUGUAAAUACUACAGUAUGUUUUAGGUGUUUUAGCUUUUGGAUUUUCUAAGCUGUUUGUAUUUUGAGGGGAAGCUUUGGGGAUGAAUGUUCAACAUUUUGUGGAAAGAAACCGACGACGUAACAGACUUUUUAAAAGUGCCGAGUGCAGUCGGAAAGCUUCUGUGGUUUCUGUAACAUUAACCGAACAGGGACUGUCUGUUUCCUCGGUGAUCAUGGUACAAUCAAAAUGGCUGCCUUGGAGUUUUGACGCUGUUGCCAUGGAAGUGAGAAUUACAUUUCUUAGGUGUGUAUAUAAUGAUACAUGCAGAUACAAGAAACCAGAACUCUUAAAGCCGGGUUCAGAUUGGAUUCCAUUUGAAUCCAUUCAGUUCAGAAAAGAUAAUUAAACUUAAAACACUUAAACUAGACUUACCUGUUGGCUCUACUGCUCAGUACCUGACUGAUUAUGAAGUAUGUAACAAUGGUAGAAAGUCAGUGGAAGUUUCAGGUUUAGAGCUCUUUAAAAAAUAUAUGUUCAUGCCAACUCCCAUAUAGUCAAUAUCAUUGACAUAUUAGACAGUUUGGAGGUUUACUCAGAAUAAUAAAAGUUAUUCUUUUUACUUAUUGGAAUGACGAUGUGCUUCCUGAAUUGACUGAUUUGAAAUUGAAUCUAAUUCUUCCUGGUUUUACAUAAGAAAUAAGGUUUAUAUAAAGGAUAGAUGGCACGUUGAUGAACACAAGCUUACAUGGGAAGCAAACUGAAAACUGUGUGCACUGUGACAGAUGGCAUUGCGUUCCACUUCUCCUCCUGUUGUUUAUUAAUGUAAUCAGCUUAGCAAUCUAUAAUUGGAGAAAGAUUAUACAUAUUUUCACCAAGGUCUUGCAGGGUCCAGAAAAGUCCAUAUCAUUUAUAAAAUAAUAAUAUAAAUAAUAAUUUAUAAUUUAUUUCAGAGUUGAAAGAUCUUUUGUCUGGUGAUAAGAGGAAAGAUUUAUUCAGGAAAUGUUGUCUAAUAUCAUUUGCCUGGAAAUACCUGAGAAUUCAGCUCUGAGACACUUACCAUAACCCACAGCGUGGGUUUUUGCCAACCUCUGAAAGACACUCAGCAAUCAAUUGAAGCUGCAAGCAGCGAUGAACAAGCCCUCCCAGUAAGCGUGGAUAUCAUGAGUAGACCAUACCAUGAAAAUCCCAUGUAAAUCAGAGUAUGAUAUGUCAUACAAGGCUUACUUCCUGUUUCCAGUAGGUGGCGCUAUCUUUAAUGAAGUUAGGGUUUCCUGGAGUGUAGUGAUUCUGAUUCUCAGCACCUCUAGCUCCUCCAAUCCUCGCUGACUCAAAAGUGGAGGUCAUUCUUGACCUUCAAAACGGCAGUUGACAAAACAAUCAGGGGUGUCCACUUACUUUUGUACAAGUUGAUUAACAUAUUUUAUACCUACACACAGAAAAUAAAUGACAUUGACAACAGAUUUUCAGUUUGAUUCCCAUUGAAGUUCUCAUGUUGCACAGUGACUUAAGGUGACAAACUUAAAGAUUGCUUGUUUUUGUAGCAUAUUAACGAUCGUGCCCAGCAUAGGGCAUCGUUUGUAGCCAUUUUUAGACCUACGGGGGAAAAUGUUAAGCUUACAACCUGUGGUACUGUUAAAGAAAAAAACAGUGUAGCAAAUUAACUGCGGUGUUAGCAUCUUUUAUGACUAUUUGCUAUAUGUGGAAAUUAAAUAGGAAAUCAUUUAGCAGCUGAGUAUGAGAGCUUUUUGCUGAUGUUUUGAGAUGUUUAUUUUAAUUGCCAAAGCUGAGCAUUCAUGCUGUGUAGUGAGCAUACACAAGCACCACAGACACACAAACAGACAUACACAGAUAUAUUUAUGUAGCCGACUUCUGGAGGUUUUUCUCUGAUACGAGUAAAUCAGAAGCAUCAGUGUUGUUUUGAGGACAUCACAGCAGAAAAGCAGAACUCUGAUGCAGUGAAGCAUUUUUUGAAGUGUUUACUUCCUUUGUUCAAUGCAGACAUUUCUUCAAACUGUGAUAAAAAAGGUGUAAAUAUUCAUACUGAACACGCUGUAUGCAGUCUACCCAAGACGUGUUUACAUGAUAAAAAAGGUAGAGAAGUUUACAUGGUCGUAUAUGUUUUGAGUCCAGUGACAUUUUAUUGACUCAAUACCUGUCAAAAAUCGAGCAUAUAAUUCAUGUGAGUUCAAACAAAAUUUGUUUUCAUCAUUCCUGCAAACGUGCUACUUGCGGGAGUGUGGUUUUUAUCUGCCAGCGGUGUUUUGUUAAGUUUAAAACCAAUAAAGCUUGCCUGGUUCCAGCCUC